GGACACCGGUCCGGACCCUUUGUCUGAGCGGCCGGCGGGGUGUCGCGGCGGCCCCACGCGAGGCGCGGCCAGGCGGUGCCGGGAGCCUCCACCCCCGGCCCACCCUGCCCGGGCUCAUCAUGUGACGCGGGUUGUUUUCUUCCAAGUGCCCAGUAGUUCUGUCACCUUGUGGACUGAGAGGGUGAAAGUUGAGGAGGCUGAUACAGAAAAUGUUGAGUAACAAAACUCGAAGAGGGUGCAAUAGUUUUGGUGUUUGAUGUAUCCCCACAACAAGGCCUGAGUAAAAAGGACAUCAGCGCCUUUGAGAACAGAAUGUUAAUGCUUGAUGGGAUGCCGGCAGUCAGAGUCAAAACAGAGCUGCUGGAAUCUGAGCAAGGGCAUAUUUUCUUGGGACUUGUACUGGUGAGCAUCUAGUCGGAUCUGCUGGGAGCACAGAACAAAACUCUGCGGAAGACUGCAUGAAAUCAUCUGGGAUAGCUGAGAUGCUGUUGGUGUAAUUUUACACCGAUUUAAAAAAGUCUCCAAACGUCCACAACUACCCAGAUAUGGAUGCUGUACCCUUAUUACUAAACAACAUGAAGGCCGACCCCACGGAGGAUUCAUUAUCUACAGACCAUUUCCAAACACAGACUGAACCAGUGGACUUGUCAAUAAACAAAGCCAGGUCAUCCCCUACAGCAGCUUCAUCUUCUCCAGUCUCCAUGACAGCAUCAGCCUCCUCCCCUUCUUCUACUUCUACUUCUUCUUCUUCUAGUCGGCCAGCUUCAUCCCCCACAGUAAUAACAUCAGUCUCCUCAGCAGCGUCUGUACCGUCAGUAUUAACUCCAGGUCCUCUUGUGGCCUCUGCAUCUGGUGUUGGAGGCCAGCAGUUUUUGCACAUUAUCCACCCAGUACCACCUUCAAGUCCCAUGAACUUGCAGUCCAACAAAAUGAGUCACGUGCACCGUAUCCCCGUGGUGGUACAGUCGGUACCUGUAGUCUAUACAGCUGUGAGAUCACCUGGGAAUAUGAACAACACUAUAGUAGUACCACUGUUGGAGGAUGGGAGAAGCCAUGUCAAAGCACAAAUGGACCCCCGAGGCCUAUCUCCCAGACAAAUUAAAAGUGACAGUGAUGAUGACGACCUGCCAAAUGUGACCUUAGAUAGCGUUAAUGAAACUGGAUCUACAGCGCUCUCCAUAGCCAGAGCAGUACAAGAAGAGAGCAUGUGGGGCUGUGCCAGGUCAGCUGUUAACCCUUUUCGUUUUUUCAACUCCAGUUCAAUUUCACCGUUCAGUAUUGAGAGCACAAGGCGUCAGAGGAGGUCUGAGUCUCCAGACUCCAGGAAGCGGCGCAUCCAUCGAUGUGACUUUGAGGGAUGCAAUAAAGUAUACACAAAAAGCUCCCACCUGAAGGCUCACCGGAGAACGCACACAGGAGAAAAACCCUACAAAUGUACCUGGGAAGGCUGCACCUGGAAGUUUGCUCGAUCCGAUGAACUGACGAGGCAUUACCGCAAGCACACGGGAGUGAAGCCAUUCAAGUGUGCAGACUGUGACCGCAGCUUCUCCCGCUCGGAUCACUUGGCGCUCCACCGCCGCAGGCACAUGCUGGUUUGAGAAAUGCUACCUGUUCCAGCCGAGUUUAAGAGCUGGGUCUCUUAACUACCCACAGUGAAUUCAGCAGGGCUGAAUCUCCCCUCUACAGUGUUAACAGGCAGGGCUUUCCCUGAUGUCUGUAACAAAAAAUAACAACAGAAAUAAUAAAAAAAAAAGCAGGAAAAGAAGUGCCACUCUUCUCCUCGCCAUCUGAAGUUAACCCUGUCUGCCCCUCAGCAUGGCUACCCCCUGAAAGUGUCAUCACAAUCACCUGGGAAAUAGCAGCCGAGAUGCUACAGGAAUGGGCAUUAUUUUACAUGCUGCAUCCUUUGACAAAAAAUGUUUAUAGCUUGUAUGUUUUCUCAGCUGCCAGACGUUUUGUUCCUGAAAAAUCACUGCUGAUUGGAGGAUAGAUACCACGGACUGAUGAUGAUGAUGACGAUGAUGAUGAUGAUGAGAGUAAAACCGCUAGAUCUGUAUUAUGCCAUCCUUUCCCCUAGUUUUCAAUACCAUCUGUCCGGUGUCAGCACUGCACCGGAGCUGUGCUACAGACAAGCUGCAUGUGAGUAGGCAACAAGAUUCUGCUGGAGAGGUCCCGCUGCCGGAGCUGGAGGGUUGCUUGAUCAGACUUCUGCAAUAAUGAUGGUGGCAUUUUAAUACCAUACCAUAAUUUGUUGUUAUGCCCUAGAGGACACCAGCCAUUUAACCUUUUUCUUUUAUCUUUUUAUUUCCUUCUUUUCUUUCAUUGUUGUUGUUGAAGUCUGUAAAAUAAGCAAAGGGCAGCAGCAUCUCUGCUGAAAUACCGUAUUAAGUAUCUGUAUUUUACCAUGGACUUAUUUAGAUCCAUUUUCUGAUUUGUAUAGAAAGAGCCCACCUAAAAUCUACCACCCUAUUCUCAAUGUGCCGUUUUCUUUCAUGCAGGUAUCCUCUUCCCCACAACCAUUAUUUGAACCCAAGGAAAUAGUCAGAUCUUGUACUUGCUGGUACCAAGGUUAGUGGUAUAGCCAUUCAUGAAAUGGAAUUGAAUGUAUUAUCAAAACAAAACAGAGAAGAAACGGCUGCAUCUCUUGCAGAGAAAAAGCAAUAAUGAAUAAAAUGGCUCUCGAGACAAUAAAUAACUCCACACUAGCAGAAGUGGGGGCUAUGCAGAAACAGCAUGUAAAAUUUAAGCAUUUAAGUUAAUCUUGUUGCUGGUUUCACUGACCUGCUAGGUGCCACAAUUAAGUACUUUUAUUACCUUUAACAUAAUACUUGUGUCUGGAAAGCAGGAAAGAUAAAGCAAAGAGUUGAUUGUUGAGGAGGUAGUGGAUGAACUGUAAGUAGGACAGAGAAAUAUUUCUGCAGUGGUGCUCUGCAAGACAUUAGAUUUCUCCCUGGGAGUUAGGGAAUAAGAGAUUUUGCCAGCUGUCCAGUAUGAUAUAAAUGGCCUUCUAUAUGGGUACCAAUGUCUGCCUCUGCUGGGAUUUUCAAUCCAAGCCUUUUCAGAUUAAAUAAAGGAAAUUCUUGAUCAUUCCCAUACAGCCCUAUAAUUGCAAACCGAUUUGUAUUAAUUGUAUUAUGUAGGAAAGAGAGAAACUCUUAGUCAUCAGUUACUCAUGCAAACAGAACAGUGUUUUUCUGUUUUCUUUCCUCAUAAGGAUCUGCUUAUUCAGCUAAAUUUGACGAAGGGCUUGGCAGUAUUUUCUAAGUGUUGAUAUUUUCAUAGUUUAGAGGUGAAAGAUGUAAACAUAAAGGUCUUUUGCAAUGCAUUUAAUUAUGAAUAUUUUGUUCCAGGAAUUGCACAGAUUAAAUUUGUGAUGCCACUUGUUUGAUUUUAAAGGUUUGACCGUAUCAGUUAAUAUCAGAUUCCUGGAUCAAAUGUAGUAAUGUUCAGGGGAUUCUGAAAUCAAGGUAAUCUUUUAAGAAAAAACCAACACACAGUACCCAUACAGAUACAAAAGCAAUUAGUUAAUUGAAGAUUAAUAUGACUGGGAUAAUAGCAUAUUAGACCCCAGGGUUUCAUUGUCUUUAAAUAUCCUUAAUAUUCCACAGUAUGGAUAGUUUAUCAGCUCUCUGAAAGAAUUUACUGCUGUUAAAGCUCAGGCUUCCCACUGCUGAGUUGUCAGCAGAGAAACUCAACACAAAUUAUUCACAGUUGUAGUGGGAAAAAUGCCUCUAUCAAUUCCCAUUGACCAGGUCAGUGGUCUACUUCUGCCAACUUUGAUGACAUUCUAGAAUCCAUCCCCAAAAUCAGGGACAGAGCAGGGCUUCUGGAUAGACCAUGAGGCAUUGCAGGGCAGCAGAACUGUGUCUUUACCAGCAGCAUUGCUACUGUUGAUUUAAAAAACUGGUUGUCAGAGUAUUGUGCGUGAGGUGCUUCAUGGAUUAUGUCUGAGGUCUGGUUUUUGUGUACUUCAAUAUCAUCACCUCAAAAGCAUCUGUCAUUGUUGGCGUUUAGGGAAAGAAGUCAUGUCAGGCAGAAUUCCAGUGAUAAUUUUUUUUUUUCCUGCCCAAGAAUAUUUUACCAACUAAUUGUUGGAAUAGCAGUAAUUCAGUUAAGAACCAAUGGCAUACAGAAUUCCUUUUGGGCUCUGUGAUUUUAUUUUUUUUUUCUCUCACAGAAAAUUAAGUUUGCUUGAGCAGAAAGUCUUACUGGGCAUUCUGUUAGCAUACAGGAGGAUGUGAUGUUACUGUCAAAGGCAGGGUGCAACUGGGAGAGAUCAGUGUUCCUCUUUAGGCUUCCCCUGUAGUCAAUGAAGACAAAGAAACUACAAGAGAAAUGGAGAGGCCUUAAAUUUCAGCAUUCAGCUUUGAUAUGCCCUGUGAAGGAGCAUAUGUAUGACAGACCCUGGAGAGGCUCAUCUCCCAAGGCUGAGGUUGGUCUGCAUGAGUCCCUGGUUUUUCAGCUGGUUACAUGUUACUUUAUGCAUUGGAAACACUGCAACAGAAAGAGGGUCUGGUUUUAUUCAAAAAACCCCAAAGUGAAGAGGGUUAAAGCAGUACUAAUACCAAGGGACACAGGCACAGAGUGUAGCAGUGGUAGGAGAAUGAAGCCAAAAGGUAAAGGAGCAUGUGCUACCUUUUGUUAUUUCACAGGCACCUCCUCAACCUUUCCAGCACAUGUGCAAAGGCUUCUGCUGUAGCCAACUUGCACAACCAGCAGAAGUCCACCACUGGGUUUCAAGUACACAGUAUGGUUCUUGAUGAGGUUCUCAUUCAUACCAUCACCUGCAGGCUUUGAUCCCAAUUAUUCCAUGAGGUUCUUUUCUGGCUUUUGGCCCCUUCAGAAGUAUUUUAAGAAAAGUUACUCGAUGGGAUGGUGGUGCUUGAAUGUGGAGCUGAUGUCCCCCACAUCCUCAGUGUGUUCUUUUGCCUUUAUUGGCUGUGGUUCAGACCUGCCAAGUUUCCAUGCUCUUGCAAAGACCAUGGGGAUUGCUCCAGGGUAGUUCCUCAAAAAUCCUGGUACCCCACCACAGGUCUGUGAUGUUUCACGGCUGUGGCAAAGGCUUACAUCAUGUGUAGCAUGCAGAAAUACCAGAUCUCAUCCUGACAUGAUCCCGUAAGUCCAUCUCAACUGAGCAGUUGGGAUACACAAAUAUACAGUGUCUCAUUCCUUCAGAAAGACAGAGAUUUCAGUCCACCAUGCUGUGACAUUGCAUGUUACAGCUUGCAAGGGAAUUAUGCCAUGAAGUGUCAGAUUUCAUAAAUUUUGAAAAAGUUCUAAAUGCGUUUGUCAGGAAACCUCAGGAGCCAGCAUUUUAGGAAAAUGUAAUGAGCAAACAGCUUUGAUACAGAACUUUUAAAAUUUUUAAUUGUGUCAUUAUUUUUUGAGCACCCCUUAUAUUCAGCACUGUAAAAUUAGCUCAUUGCAACAGCAGUUUUUACUUGGGAAUGAAGAUGCAGUAUUCCUUAUUCUCUCUCAUGCUUACAUAAUUAUUAAGUAGAUUUAGACUGACUUGUAUAUAUGAUUAUUUGCUGGAGUAAUGUAUAACAAAAUUAACAGUGUUGAAAAUUACAUCAGUGAUUUUGAUGUUUGGGUAAACUUGCAGUGCAGAGCAUGGACAAAUAGCUGGACAGCCUUUCUCCCCUUUUAAUAAUAACAGUGAUCAUAAGUCUUGUUUUCCAUUAGCCACAUUGAAAAUGUAUUCUAGUUGCCAUUUAUAAAUUUAUCUUCUGAUAAUAAAUGCUGUUUAAUGUAAAAAAAUCUCUUUCUCCUUUAUUGAAGGUGGGUACCUAAAAAUCAGAGUAAGUGUGACUAAUAAUAUCUCACUUACUUUUUAGUAUGAAUUUGGGUUUGGAAAGGUCAUUGUAUGAAACUGUGUCUUCCACAGCAGUCAAGUCUUAAGACCGUUCAGUAAAUCCAUGCUACUCCCACAUGCUCAUCCUUACACUCAUGCCUUUGAACCCCAGCACUUCCAAGUGUCUCUACCCAUGUGCAGGUAAUAAACAAGCUUAUUUAAAAUCAAAAUUUGGAAGGGGGAAAUCCCCCAAAAAAUAGAAAAGGAAGAAUUUUAAGUAAGCACUGUUUUAGAAAAUACUACCUUAAGAAACCAGCUCAUGUUAUUGUGUUAUGCCUUUGCCUGUGAUAGGUGACUGGAGAAUUGCACAAAGAAAUUGUUGCAUUUUCACAGUUUUGCUAUAGUGUAGCAAAUGUGUAAUGUAUGCUUAUGAAAUCAUGCCCACUGGAACAUUGAAAAAGCUUAAAUUCUCCACAAUAAAUCAGGUUUUGGCAUAAAAAUGUAACUGUAAGGAUACUGCAUCUUUAGAAAUCAAAGUAACGUGAAAGUAUUUUACUAUACUUGUAAACAAUUAAAAUAUUCUGUAAUAUAUGUGAUAAUGGAAAAGUAUUUUCAAAGUCACGGUUUUACAUGAGGUGUUAAAUAGCUUAAAUAAAAUACAUUUUUAAACAAUCCUUACCUUCAGUUUUCAUCGGGAGGACUAUUAGGAUAAUGCCUUGGAAAGCUUAAACACAAAACACGAGAAGUAAAGUGUUCUGUUUUAUCAGAGCGUGUUUUCUCUGCAAAAUGGAGUGGCCACUUCUUUGCUGUUUUGCAGAUGGUGUGUUAUAGAGCAAAGUUAUACUGAGUCCUUCAGUGUCAAAUAAGUCAAUGCUCAAUGUCUUUGACUGAAUAAAGGAAAAAAACACUUGAAAUGAAAACCAUAUGAAAGGUUUGGCGGUUUGUGAUUUCUUUUUUCCUUCUGGCAUUUUACAAUGAACUGCAGAUACAGGAAUGGCAAACACUCAUAUGAUUUUAUUUCUUCUUGUACUUCCCCAACUACAGUGCAUCCUGAUUAAAGGUUGCAGAGCUGAAAUAGGCAGCUGCUUUUUGCUGAUUCCAGGGAAGUUUAGUCUUCUAGGUGCAGUAACAUGUCAAGAAUAUCCGUUGUAGCAGGACAGUUCUGACAUUUAAAAUACACGUACACUUCAGUGAGAUAGCCUGAAAUCUGUUUUAAAGGUGAAACUGAAAGUGCCUGUAAUUAGAACUGAUGGGAUGUUCCUAUACUUUUACACAGCAAUAACUUAAUGGGAUUCUGUUAACAAUAAGGUGAAAAUGAAAUUUUACUUUGAGAACAAUAAUGCAGCACAGAAACAAACACAAAGUGCCAUUUGUAUGUUCACAUGUUGAGAUACUGUGUUAGAGGUUUUAGUUAUUUUCUCAGAUAACAUCUGUCAUACAUUUGUAAGAAGAAAAUAAAUCUUAGUUUACAAAUGACUUGUAGCUGUACCAGUUCUCAGUAGGUGUGAUUGCAGGUCGUUGUCAAAGCAGUGUUUUAGGGGAUUUCUUCCCAGUUUAUGUUGGAUAUGCCCGUAUAUCCAGGGUUAUUCUCUAGUGAAGUAAUCUAAAACCAGCAAUAAGCCCAAUGGAGCUUUUUUUAGGGAAUAUGAUAGAAGAGGGAUUCUCUUGAAAAAUCCUCUGCAUUGAACUCUGGAAACACAAGAGUUCACCUUAUGUCUCCUUUCUCUUCAUCACGUAAUGCUCAUAGUAUUUAAUGCCAUCUUGGUUGACUUCAUGAGUGGACAAAAUAUAUCACUUCUUCUUUUGGGGACAAGUGAGUGAAAAAUUGGGGACUGUCAGUCUAGACACUAUUUGAAUAGCAAACAAGAAGUCGAUAUUCCUAAAAUGAAGUAUGGAGAUUUUUAUAUUGAGUGGCCUAAACAUUUGCAUCAGUAGACUAAUUGAUCUUACCAGAAAAUGGCCAGCUGUGACUCUUGCACUCUUACUUUUUCUCAGUUUUUUUGUAAGUAUUAACUACUGCUAAUGGAUUCUUAAAAUAGCAGUGUAAUUCCAGCCCUCAUGCUUCUUCUAUUUUUAAAAAUUAAUUUAUUGGAAAUCAAAAUGUAACUGGUUGUUCUGAUGCCUUUGCCAAGGAAGAUUGCUUUCCAUUCUCUGAAUUUGUGUCUGUCAUUUAUCCAGGCAAAAUUUUGUAUUUGAAAAAUCUUGCAUUUUGUCUAGACUUCUGCUGCCAUCAGCAGCAGGUUGCUGCUGGAGUCUCAGUGAGGCUCAUACACAGAUGAAAGUGCAGGUGCAAAAACAACACCUUCCCCCACCCAAAAGAAAAAAAUCCACUCGGACACACGUGUAACAAUUAGAUAUUCAUGCACGAGUUGAUUACGUGACAAGGUUGCUUGUUCAGUACCAAAUUUAAAUGUUAACCACUGGCAGAAAUAAUCCCAUCAGAACAUGCAUAUAUAUACUUACUCUGUUGUCCCGAGCUUAUCUCCAGUUAUUAAGCACAUAAAAGAAUGCAACUCAUGCUGGGGAUUUCAGGAGAGUACCAGGGAUUUUGUUGUCAGAAGGACAAAGGAAUCUAGUUUCUUACCCAGUACCUGAGCCCUUCUUGGAGAGGAGUGUUUGGUUCUUUGUUCUGGAGCAACAACACUACGAGGGGGCACACUUAGAAGGCUGCCAUGAUGGAAAGUUUGGCCGAUUCCAGCCCCUGCAUGUGUUAGUUCUUCAGUAGGAAAGGGCACCGUGUCUUCACCAUCCCAAAAUGAGACAGGUUUUUUUCCCUUCAUUCUGAAAAGCAAACUCUGAGUAAGGGUCCUUAUUUUUAUUGAUGGGUUUUUUAGUCUGUCUUGUUUUGGUUUUACUUUUGUGUGUUUUUUUGGUUUUAUUUGAGUUUGGGUUUUUUUUUUUUGCUUUGCCAGCAUUAUUCUAUAGCAGCUCAUGCUCACUGACUUUGUAUUAUGAAAUGAUUACCCUUGUGGUAACUUUCGCAUUAUUCAAUACAGAGUUUUUCAGUCCUCCAGAGAAGCAAAACUGGGCAUGUGAAUUGUAGCUCUUACAAAAAUAAGAAUAAAAAAAAAAUUACUUGAGAUCCUGUUGUCCAUAUGAAUGAACUGCAACAUCUUUCCCAAUUCAGAGUCAGAAGUUUGGGUGAGCCAAGGUACUCUCAGUUAUAAAAGUAGAGGUCGUUCACACAUUGACUUGCUAAACCUUGCUCUGCGCUGUGACCUCAGCAUUUAAAAACCAGUAAUUUAGUGUCUGAUAUGGGACUACAGGUGAUGGCUUUGAUGGAUUGUCAUAAGCAUGAACCAUGAAAUACACAAAUAGGUUCAGAUACCAUUUUUCUCCCUCUCCCUGCCUUUCUAGAUAUAAAAGAGCUUUGGAAAGACAACUCAAGCCAAAUCUUCAUGGCUGAACUAACAUUUUUCAUGGUUCAGAGUUGUUGUUGUCAUUUCUGGUUUCAGACUUUUUCACUGCUACAUAUCCAUCUUAAAAAAACCCACAUGGUUUAUUUCUUUCCUGAUUCUCCUAUACAUGGCUUCCUUGGUAAUGUAAGUUCUUCACGAAACACCUACACAAUAUGCUCUCUUGACCUUCUGUCUGUCCUUACAAAGUUGUAUUUCCCAUUUGCACAUUUGUAGAAUAUACACAGAGAAGUAACGUAUUACUUAAGUUUCAUGCACCAUCAGCCUUAAGACCUUCAGCCCAUACGCAGACACAUGCAUUCAUACACAUCAAGGGAAAGAGAGAUUUGGACACUGCUAUCAACAUGUGGGGUCAAAAAUACAUUAAAUCAAAAAGUUCUUUCAGCUGUGUUCAGGAAAAAACAAAAAUACUGAAAAUAUCAUUCUUGGCCAAGUUACUUAUGGACUAAGCAAAUUCCCCCAUGGCAUUAUUUGAAUGAAAACCUAAGGAUGGGAUUGUAUUUGGCCCCAAUUUGUUCCUUCUAAUCAGGUCAUUACUGUUGUAUGUACUAAUGAGCGUUCAUUUGAUCCUCCUGUGUAAAAAUACAAAAACAUCCCGUAGUUUACCAAGCAAUUCAUUUGGGACUGAAGCUUCACAGCAAUGGAAUUAGUAUGUAUAGCACCUCAAUCUUUUCCUAGAUAAGAUGUGAAAGGGAGGGCCAUUAUCGGUAACCCCAUAGAGAUAGUAGUGUCAAUAGAGCUCCUACAUUUAAAAGGAAUAAAAAUACCAGUGCUAGCAGGCAAACAUAUUUGUUUCAUUUUAGACUUUCUUUUGCCUUCUUUUCAAAAGCUUUUAAAUACAAAGAUUACUUUUCUUCAAAACUUAAAGUAAACUUCUGCAGAUCUUAUUUCCCAAUAGUUUCCUCUGCAUUUAUAUACUAUGUAGUGUUUAGGCAAUGCCUAUGUUAUAAGUUUAUUAAUAUUAUGUAAGUGUUGUUCUUGUAUUUAUGUAUAGUGUAUGUAUUGUAAAUAUACUCAGAGCUUUUUUUCCUCUUACUGUAAAAAGGUGAUUUUUGCCCUAUGAUAAUGUAAAGGGAGUCCCCUAAUGAAAUUCUGUCAGAGGAUGAUUAUUCCACUCUAUUCUCAAAGAUUUAAAUGAACAAGUGUUAUUGUUUUAAAUGGUGUCUCAGACAUAUUUUGUUGGUGCAUUGCUUUUCUGUAUUCAACUUUCCUAUGAAUUGAGCUGUGAACUGAAAUAGAGUUUAAACCUUUAAAUGUAUGCAUUUGUACAAUUAUCUGAAUGGAGGCAUGAAGGUUAAAUAAAGCAUUUUGUAUGGAACAAACCCCCUAAUUAUUACUGUGGAUGACUCAAACCUUCUGGAAUACCUACUUAUUAACUUUUUAAAAUUAAAUCUUCAUUUUCUAUAAACAUAUAGUGAUUUUUUUUAAUGGCAUGUGUGCUUAAGAAAUGGAUUUUACUUACUUUUCAGAUUUUUUUAGAAGCCACUAUAGAGAGUAGAUGUUCU